AUGUCAUCAAUUCCAUCAUUCAACGAAAGGGUACAUUAUUAUAAAGAGGCCAUUAAACCAGAUUCAAUUGAUAUAUCAAUUAUUCAACAUUUAGCCGAACAGGGUAUACCAGAAUCACAUGGUUUAAGAUCAUGCUAUUGGAAGAUUUUAUUAAGAUAUUUACCAGUAAACAGAACUAUUUGGGAUUCAUUUUUAGAAAAAAGCAGAAAAAGUUAUCAAGAUUUCAUAAAUGAAUUAAUGAUUGAUCCAUGGAAAAAUCAAACACCACCAUCAAAAGAAGAACUUGAUCAUCCAUUAAGCACACAAACAGAUAGCAAAUGGAAUGAAUAUUGGAAAGAUCAAAAUAUUUUAAUCGACAUUGAAAAAGAUGUUAGGAGAACAUUUCCUUCAAUGCAUUUCUUUAAUUAUCAAGAUGAGGAUGGCAAAUCUAUCCACUAUGAAGCAUUAAGACGUAUUUUAUUUAUCUAUGCCAAAUUAAAUCCAGGUAUUAAAUAUGUUCAAGGUAUGAAUGAAAUUUUAGGUCAUGUUUAUUAUAUUUUUGCAACUGACCCAAACAAAGAGUGGCAAGCCAAUGCAGAGGCAGAUUCUUUUUAUUGUUUUACAAAUUUAAUGAGCGAAAUUCGUGACAACUUUUGUAAAACUUUAGAUAGAUCGGAUGUAGGUAUUAUAAGCAGUAUCAAAAAACUAAAUGGAAUUUUAAAAAAAAAUGAUUUCGAAUUAUGGAAUGAUCUAGAAGAGAAAAAAAUAAAUCCUCAAUUUUAUAGCUUUAGAUGGAUCACCUUAUUAUUAUCCCAAGAAUUUGAAUUACCCGAUGUACUAAGAUUAUGGGAUGCCUUAUUUGCUGACCAAGAUAGAUUUGAUUUAUUAUAUUAUUUUUGUUGUGCUAUGUUAAUAUGUGUAAGAGAUCAAUUAAUAACAUCAACUUUUGCAGAUUCUCUAAAAUUAUUACAAUCAUAUCCAAAUACUAUAGAUUUUCAUACAAUUUAUUCGACAGCGUUAUCAUUAAAAAAUAAAACAUUUAAAUUAAAUAAAGAGAAUGUAUUAGAGUCUGGUCAAUCAUAUGCAAUUAAAUUUUUUAACCCAUUUUCAUUAGGAAACCACUCAACCUCACCAAAUUCAAAUAGUGGUAGAAAUAGCCCAGUUGUAAAUAGUAAUGAAACUCUAAAUAAUGAAAGUAAUAACAAUAACUUUAACAGUACUGCUAGUAAUCUUUUAAAUAAACUUAAAUCAUCAUCAUCUGCAAGUUCGUCACCAGCAUCCCCACCUGUAUUACAAUCAACAAUAAAUCACUCACCAAACAUACAUAAUAAUAACAAUGAUAACAAUAAUAAUAAUAAUAAUAAUAAUAAUAGUAAUAACAAUUCAAAUAGUUCAACCCCUAUAAUUAAAGGAUUCUUUUCAAAAUAUUUUGAAUCUUAA